AUGGCCCAGGCUGGAGUCAACAUUGCCAAUUCGCUGGGAGGAAUAUUCACGCUGCUCGUCGGCUUCGCUCUGGUCAAGAAGAGUGACCAAGGCUUUCGAAUUGUCUGGUACAUUGGCACAGGGCUCUUUGCCAUCAACUUUAUCGCCAUCCUCUUCCUCUUCAGACCCCCAAAGCGGGCCCUGCAAGUGACCCUGACCUUGCAACAGAAGCUCAGGGCUCUCGACUGGAUAGGAUACGUCCUGUUCUCUAUCGGCAUGAUCCUGUUCAGCGUGGGCUUGACAUGGGCAAACAACCCAUAUCCCUGGAAGAAUGCUCACGUGCUCAGCACGUUUAUUGUCGGUGUCGUCUUUAUCGCCCUCACUGUCGUGUGGGAGGCGAAGAAGAAGGACGGAUUCUGCCACCAUGGCCUCUUCGAGACCAGUCGCAACUUUGCUCUUGCACUUGUCUUUAUUUUCGUCGAAGGAUUCACGUUCUAUGCCGUCAAUAACUUCCUCCCUUUCGAGUUCUCGCUUCUUUUCGAGAGCGAUCAAUUCAAGGUCGGGGUAUUGACCUCUAUUAUCUUCUUUGGCGGCUCGGCCGCAUCCAUCAUCGGCGGCCUUUACUCUGUAAAGACGAAGACAGUUCGACCGCCGUUGAUGGCUGGGAUGUCACUAUUUGUCAUCUACUUUGCAUGUAUGGCCACGAUCAAGGCGGACCAGUCUGCAGCCGUAAUCUGGGGCUUCACAGUUUUGGCAGGUUUCGGUCUUGGGUUCGGCCUUGUUAUUGCCGUCACGACGGGUCAGAUUAGUACUCCUCCAGGUCUUAUUGCCACCACUAGUGGCCUGAUCUUGACUGCAAGGUCUUUGGGAGGCUCCGUCGCCCUUCCUGCCUACACCGCCAUCCUUAACUCCCUAUUGUCGAAGAAUCUCGGACUAAAGAUAGCGAAUAAAGUUCUCCCUCUUGGACUCUCUGCCGACGACUUGCCAGCUUUUAUCGGUGCUUUGGCUAAUAAUGAUCCAUAA